AUGCUGGGAUACACGACUCUCUACUCCAGAACCCCUCGCUCUUUCCUCUUCGCCGUCGUCGCCAAUGUCGGUCCCGGCGGCGCCAGCCGCUCCCUGGCCGUGGCCUACCACCAGCACCACGACGAAUACAACUCACAGAUAUCCUGGGGACGAGUGCACUGUAUGGUGACCGACAUCCUUGCGCUGACCGAAAUCCUCUCGGAUCCCGCGAACCGCGCGCCGCUGGAGGCCGAGAGGGCGCUCGCGGAGGACUGGUAUCGUCGGUCUCAGGGCCACGAGCCUCCGAUUCAUGAGCGGCCCAGCGUGCCCGACACCGCGCAGCCCCCGUUCGUGCCCUGGUACAAGCGGCGGGAGCCAGGGCAACAACAACCCCCGCUGCCGUGGCGGGAUGAUGCGCCCAGCAAGUUUCCCUUCACCGCGACGUGUGUUUUGCUGGCGUUGUUGCGCGAUACUCGCGACAACCGCACCCGCCCCGGCGACGUCCAGUUCCAGCCGCUAUCGACGCUGUUCCGGGCCGACUGCACUGAGUAUGGCCUGGUUAUUCUCGACAUCUCCGACCUCGCCAGCGGCGUCAAGUACGGCAUCGUUGCGUUUCCCAUGAACUACAUGGCUGAGGUUGAAUACCGCGGCGAGAUGAUCGGCUGGGAUCCCGUCGAAGACCCUCAGCCGGAAAAGGAGCCCGAUGUUGUACUCGUGAGCCCGCGGCCUCGAGAGCUGUUGUCAAUCUCGCAGUGGGUAUCGAAGUAUUACUACUGGUCGGGCCUGGAAGAGGCGCCUUGCAUCCUCAAACUAGAGGAGAGGCCGCUGGCUGAUGCGGUAGCCUUGGAUUAUAUCUGGCCACCAGAGCUGGAGGAUCCGGCUCGAACAUCUUUAGAAGACUUCAGACAUUCAAAGAUCGCCACCCAAUCCCCGCCUGAUAUGGUAGGCUACACCAUAGUAGACCAACCGCCGCAAAAUGACCCCGUAGGCAUGGUCCGCACCAUUGAUGAUCUGCUUGUUCUCACCCAGGAGCCCGCCUCCGGUCCCCUCGAGAAAGAAGCGCUCGCCAACCUUCAAGUACUUGCCCAGUUCCGCGAGCAGCUGCGGCAGCGGCUCGAAGAGGUGCCAGAGAGGCUCGGCUCCUCCCAGAUCUCCAGUCAUGUGCUGCGCGUGGCAUACGCUAGAUGCCGUCACCUUAACUGGGUGAUGUUUGGAAACCUGCCGCCUCGCGUGAUCGCGGCCGCCAUUGCAUCGGAUGAACUUCAAGGUGCGUCUGCACUCAGCCUCUGCGUCAAUCUGUUCCAGCUGGUGGGAGAUGAGGAAGAUGGAGAAUCAGACCUUGGUGAUCUCGCCGCGGCCCUGGCACAGUCCACGGCCCUUCAACAGCUCUGCUUCUUGCAGCAGCCAGACCGGAACAGCGACGAUGCCUCCGCUCAUCUCUGCUCGCAGCUGCUGCGGCUGUGGCCGAGGGAAUCAGGAGAAGACUUGGAGUCGCUCCGGCUGAGAACCAUCCAUUCGACCUCCGCUUUGUUAAACGGUUUACGCGGCCGCGAAUUUCGAGCAAUAUCCUCGACGACGAAUUUGGGUUCUAGCUUCACCUCGGGCGCUCAAGUCUUUCCCAUGAUCCACCUGUUCACAUUUGUCAGCCCCCAGCGCGAAGAUGUCCGAGACGCAGCUGCAGACCACCACGUCGUCCACCCUGCUCGUCCCUGGUACAGCGGCUACUACUCCAUGGAUAAUACUGGGUUAAACGCCGAGAGCUUCGCUGUCCGAUUUCUGGUAUACCUCCGGUCCUUAGGUCCGGAUUCGGAUCCCGACAAGGCCAUCUUGCGAGUUGCAUAUCAUGGGGCGUUCUCGUCACUCGCUUCCAUCGACGAGGACGACAACAACAACAACAACGACCCCCCGUCGCCGCCCCGGGGGCCACCGCCGCGGCCACCGCCGCUCCAGUCAUGGCCAGAUCAAUUGGGUGUCAGGCCAAUCCCCGCUGGAUUUUUCGACGACGAGCUAGCCCCCGACGACCCGUCCCGAGUCCGACGCAGGGAGAUCCCCCCCGGGAGCUGGGUGGUUCUUAUGGAUCGACGAGACCGCCGUGGCCGAUUCAGCGACGACGGCGCCUUCUUACAAUACUCUUUCAUCAGAAUCCGUCGACCCUCUCCAGAGACUGCCCCGAAGCAACAACAACAACAAGAACAACAAAGACCGGCCCCCGUCUCUAGUUUAGUCGAGGUGGUCGGCGGGCUGACCGACUUCCUACGCGAAACCGUGCCAGAGACUCAUAUUGCCACGUGGGAGAAACGGCUCGAGGAGGUAGACAGGGAUUUGGUUUCAGCUUUGACUAGACCGAGCCCACCCAGUACCCCGUCAUCGAUGGAAUUCUCACCGGGGGUGAACCCGAUUGACGAGGUGUCGAGGCGCUUGACUUCAGCUGCAACUGAGAGGAGUGCAGACAACGCCCCACCAGAGACUGAUCUUUCCACUGGGGAGGGACUGGUCGUGGAGGUAGAGAGGGAACGCUGCAUCGGCGUCCGCGUCAUGGCUGAGAGCCGGGUCCACACUUUACUGGACCAUUUACUAUGA